AUGCAUUAUCUCAUUCAUGGUAAUUGAUUUAAACUUCAUUUGAGACUUGAGAGUUAAUGAUGGGUGAUAAUUUUGAGUUCCUAAGAUAAUUUAUAGCAUAUUUCAGUUUUAUGGUUUGUGUAAACCCCAUUAUAUUAGAAAGAUAUGUUAUACUCUUUGAAUGCAAGUUACAUAAGAUGAUAGACUGCCAUUGAAUUGGAGGGGGCAUUUGCUGAUCCUUACUUGUGAUGCCAUGAAGUAUCUGGAGACUCCAGACAAAGAGUCCAGAGUUUACUUGAACCUAAGGCUUGCCCCUUUGUUGAUUUAAAAUUAAAAGAUAGAGGAAGAAUGUUAUCUGUAGAGUCCUCUGCUCUGCCUGAAAAUGCUGCUUCAGUGGCCAUUGCUGCAACUGUGGUGGGUGCAGCAGCUACCCUUCUUGUUCGGAGAACUAAAGCUUCCAAUACAACUGAGAUUCCUUCGAAACCAUGUGAAGAUUGUGGGGGCUCUGGUAUAUGUCCUGAUUGUAAAGGUGAAGGAUUUGUGCUUAAGAAAUUGUCAGAAGGAAGUGCUGAAAGGGCAAGACUGACAGCAAAGAAUAUGGCUACUCGAUAUACAGCAGGACUACCAAAAAAAUGGAGCUAUUGCACUAAGUGCUCUUCUACACGAUCUUGCAUUACUUGUGGUGGGCGUGGAAAGUUAAACUACUAGUCACUAUUUUAGUGUAUGAGAUGAAAUUUUUUCCAACAUUGAUAGUUCUAUCAAUUUCUGCUAAGAAUAUCAGAAGUGAGUUACUAUCUCUCACGUCGUUAACCUGAACACUGGUGUAUGUAUUUUUUAUUGUCAUUUUUAACUGUCUUUGAGAUGCAAUUGUACAGUUGAAACUUGAAACCUCAUGGUCUGUUCUUUUUUCUUCAGGUAUAUAUGAGAAGUUGGCUUUGAGAGCACUCUACUAUCUUUCUCUCCUUAGCCUGAUUUAUCUAGUAGUUUAUCUUAAUUAAUUUAGUUUAGUACG